GUCGAUGUCAUUCUGCCAUUCUGUUUGUCUCUGUCAAUCUCAACCAAGUUAAAAUUUACUGUUUAAUGUUUAUCUAUUAAUGUUAACAAUAAACAAACUGCGUUUUAUUCAUAUCUCGCUAUUUAUUUACUCUUUUAGAACUUAAUGUAGGCUUUAUAUUCUAAACAAAUCAGUGUUCAGAGAAUAAACAACAAACUUGUAGGCCAAUGUUUACCUUAAUCUAGAUCAAGAUUUAGGCCUAACUAGGGUCUAGGUUAUGGGUACUGACCGUGCAUUAGGUAACAAAUUAAUAACAGAGGAGAAAGAUGCCAAUACAGUAUAAUUGAUGCAUUGUGUUUAAUUGUUGGGUGUAGACACAAAAGGAUGACAGCCAUAUUAGGGGGUGGCCUAAGUGGUUUAUCUGCUGCUUAUUACUUGUUGAAAGCCGCAUCUCAGAAAAUAACAAUAAUAGAAGGUUCAAAUUCAUUGGGAGGCUGGAUUCAUUCCAUUAAAUAUCCAAAGGAAGGUUUCAUUUUUGAAAAAGGUCCCCGAACCGUUCGACCUAGAGGAUUGCAGGGAUUAAAUACAUUAUCUCUUGUUGAGGAUUUGAACUUGUCUCAUAAAAUCCUAGGAAUACCAAGUGAUCAUCCAACUGCUAAAAAUAGAUUGUUAUAUGUGAACAAAGAAUUACAUCCCUUACCGUCUAGUAUUUUUGCAUUAUUUAAAACUUGUCCGCCAUUUACCAAACCUUUAAUUUUAUCUGCUUUUAAAGAUCUCACUACCCCAAGAGUAGUUCAUGAGGAUGAGAGCAUUUACAGUUUUGUUGAGAGAAGGUUUGGUAAAGAAGUAGCAGAAUAUGCAAUUAGUUCUAUGAUAUGUGGCAUAUGUGCAGGUGAUGCAACCAAAAUAAGUGUUAAGUUUUUAAUGGCACAAUUGUUUGAUUGGGAGCAAAAACAUGGUUCUGUGUUAAAAGGAUUAAUCAAAAGUGCAUUUCUGACUACAGAUCCUACAACCUUACCGAUUGAGAAAACCACCAAAUUAGCUAAACGAGCUCUUGAAGAAAAGUGGAGUGUUUGGUCUCUAAGAGACGGUCUGCAGCAGCUUACUGAUGCUUUAGCUACAAAUGUAGAAGGAAAAGGUGCCAAGCUCAUGUUAAAUGCUGAAUGUUCAAAAAUUGAGUUUCAUGGUAAAGAAGUUACUUGUGUUUUAAAAGACCCCAAUGGAGUAACAUCGAGUAGAGUGUUUGAUCAUGUAAUUUGUUCUUUACCAGCCACUACACUAUCGCAGUUAGUGAAUGAUCAACAUCCGAAACUGAGCAAAGAACUAUCAGAGAUCAAAAGUGUAACUGUGGCAGUUGUUAAUGUUGCCUUCAAAGGAAAACAUUUAAAACAUAAUGCUUUUGGAUUUUUAGUUCCGCCUAGAGAAAAACUUCCAAUACUAGGUGUCAUUUUUGAUUCUUGUAACUUUGAAUUUGAUGAUUACACAGUUUUAACUGUAAUGAUGGGCGGUCAUUGGUUUGAAGAAUAUUUUGGAUCAUCGGCUACUGAACAAUCUGUUCAGGAUACUGCAUUGGAACAAAUUUCAUCCAUCCUUAAUAUCAAUGAAAAGCCAGCCUUUACUCAUGCCUCUAUUUUGCGAAAUUGUAUACCUCAAUAUACUAUAGGACACUAUGAUAGAGUUAAAAGGGUGAUGUCGUAUAUCAAAGAACACAAGAUGCCACUAACAGUUAUUGGAGCAUCUUAUAAUGGGGUCGGUAUUAAUGAUGUCAUUUUUACAGCAAGAACUGCUGUGGAAGUUCUUGGUAAAAUUUCCUGAGAAGUAAGAAGU